AUGAGCGAACAGACUUUUGACGACCACAGCGUAACCGCAGUUACAACCCCGGAUGAUGAUGCGAUAUCAGAUAUUAGUUUGGAUGAGGAAGAUGAGGAAUUGAUUUGGAGAGUCUUUUUUAGCGACUUGGAAAAGCAGAAAGAUAUACAACAGCAAAAUGAACUGAUUGAUGAGGAACGGGCAGAAGCAGGGGAAAUACUUUCUGAUAACGAAGAAUUGCAGUCGAUAGCCCUGGAAGAUUUGCUUCUACUUGGGGAACCCACGUUGAUUAAUCGCUAUAAAGACUUGAAAGAUAAUGCCAUUGACUCUAAUUUAUCUGAGGAAGAGCAAAAACGAUUACUAAUCACAAACUUCUCCAACGAUCAAAUGGAGAGAUUUGAAGCUUAUAGGCGACUGACUGUCAAUAAACCUGGAGUAAAGAAAAUUUGCAAUGGGGUGGUUGGACAUUCGGUGUCGCAAGUUAUAGCAACGGUAGUAGCCGGGGUAGCGAAGCUGUUUAUAUCAGAGGUUAUUAGCAAAUCUUUUGAAGUGCAAGAGAGAGACAACAAGGGUAAGCUUUUAUUUGACAUUGAGCAAAAGAAGAGUCAAAAACGGUCCGACAUUGAAAAUGCACAAUUUCAAAGUGAGACAAAGCGACCUCGAUUACUGUAUCAAGGAGACCACAACGCACCCCUACAACCCAGCCAUAUCAGGGAAGCAUUGAGAUUGUACGAGGAGGAAUGCUCUGGCGAGUUACCAUCAACAGAUUGA